GAUGUAUUUUAAGUUUUGCAUAUGGAAAUAAAACAACACGGUAGUUUUUCGAAGUACAUAUUCUCCACGAAGAUCACAUCUGCAUGCGCUCGAACCAAUUUUCGAAGCACUUAUUCCACUCGUUUGCUGGCAGAUCCAAAACGGCAUUUUUGAAUGCGUCACGUGCUUCUUCUGGUGACUGGAACCUUUGACCACGCAGUCUGUUUUUAAUUUUCGGGAAAGUAAAGAAAUCGUUAGGACCUAG